AUGGCGAAGAAGAUGGCCUUGCUUGCGGCCCUGUGUCUCACUAUUGCCGUCGUCUCGGGCGGUUAUCUUGGCCUGGGAUACGGAGGUCUCGGCUACGGUGGCCUCGGCUAUGGUGGCCUCGGCUACGGCUAUGGUCUAGGAUAUGGAGGCUACGGAAUCGGAUACGGAGGCUAUGGAUUGGGCUACGGCGGCCUUGGCUACGGCGGACUAGGGUACGGCCUUGGAUAUGGCGGCGGUGGAUACAAGAAACUUAUUGGAUUUGGCUACGGAGGAUACUAUGGAUAA